AUGGGGAAAAAUAAUUUAUCAGAUGGAAAUAAUAAAUAUUGGAAUGCGAGAACAGCUGGACUCAUUCCACACAAUAAUAUUUAUUAUGGGAAAUGUUUAAUGGGAGGUGCUCUUGCAUGUGGUUCAACCCAUCUUGCUAUAACACCUCUUGAUGUAACCAAAUGUAAUAUGCAGGUAAAUCCACUUAAAUACACAAGUCUAUUUGGUAGUCUUAAAACAAUAAUGCAUGAAGAAGGUAGCCGAGCUAUAUGGAAAGGAUGGGCGCCUACUGUAUUAGGUUAUUCUCCACAAGGCGCUCUAAAAUUUGGUCUUUAUGAAAUCUUCAAAGAUGCAUUCUCAAAUUUAGUUGGCUAUGACAAUGCUCAAAAAUAUCGUGGACUUGUUUGGCUUAGUGGAGCUGCAGCAUCGGAAUUUUGUGCAUGCAUUGCUUUAUGUCCUAUGGAAAUGAUUAAAGUUAAAGUUCAAACAAGUGUACCGGGUACAUUCCCAACAGCAUUCAUACCAGCUACUGUUAACAUGCAUACCAAUAGAAAAGUAACUAGAUUUCCAUAUGGAUCUAUUUUACCAUUAUGGUCAAGACAAGUUCCAUAUACUGUUACUAAAUUUUAUUUCUUUGAAAAAGCAGUUCAAAUGUUAUACACUCAUGUAUUUACAGAACCGAAAGCAAGUUAUUCUAAAAGUACUCAAUUAGGAAUCACAUUUACUGCAGGUUAUUUAGCUGGUUUUCUUUGUGCGAUUGUAUCGCAUCCAGGUGAUUCAAUGAUUUCAUUAAUGACUAAACCAAGACAUAAGGGAAAAUCAAUCACAAAAAUAAUUCAAGAUGUUGGUCUUCUUAAUGUAUGCACAAGAGGUCUUAAAACAAGAGUUCUUAUGAUUGGAACAUUAACUGCUUUUCAAUGGUGGAUUUAUGAUACUUUUAAGACUGCAAUGGGUAUGGGUACAACUGGUGGAAAAUAG